GGCCAGACCCCCAAGCAAAACCUUCUCUUCCACCUUCCUGCGAACCAAGUGCGAAGCCAUGGCCACCAUCACCACCAUGGCCUUCAUGGCCACCUUUCCGGCUCCCAGAAGCGUUGCGCAGCCGUCGGCCACGCUGCCAUCUCGCCCGAGCGUCGUGUCGUUCGCGGCCCGGGCGAUGCGCGCGCACGGCCGGCGGCUGGUGGCCGUGGCGGGCUCGCCGUCCACGCCCCCGGAGCUGGCGCAGAAGGUGACGGAGAGCAUCAAGCAGGCGGAGGAGACGUGCGCGGGCGACCCAGUGGGCGGCGAGUGCGUGGCGGCGUGGGACGAGGUGGAGGAGCUCAGCGCCGCGGCCAGCCACGCGCGCGACCGCAAGAAGGAACACAGCGACCCGCUCGAGGAGUUCUGCGAGGACAACCCCGAGACCGACGAGUGCCGCACCUACGACAGCUAGCCGUGCGAGCUCGUGCCGGCUUCUGCCAUUGCCGGCCGUCAUCAUGAGCGGUAGCUUCGAGCUUAGCUUCCGUGGCACAUUGGCAUCUUGGGCGUGUAAGUUUGGUUUGUUGCUUUAUUUGGCUUGGCUUACAAUAAAGCGAGCAGCGAUUUGUUUGUAAAAUUACAAGAUACUACUGUAAUGUUUAUUACUAGGAGCUAUGAGUCAUGAGUGUGAUACCAAAUUAUCAAGGCAAGCUGCAAGUGAUUUGUCUUAAGUAAGGUAAA